UUGUGAUCUACAUUUACUUCAUCAGUGGUGAUUGUUGUCUGACAGAGUUUCAUCAUUUACAUGUGAGCUGAUAUACUGUAUCUACACUCUGAAUGGUUAUCUACAGAAUAGAAACAGUAAUGAUUUGUUUGUUUCUUACAGAGAGUCCUAAACCUACAGUGACUAUAAACCCUGAUACUCAGGUGUUCAUAGGAGAGGCUGUGACUUUCAGGUGUGAUGUAGAGGAAGGAAGAGACACUGAGUGGACGGACGACUGGUUUAAGGACAAUAACACAUUGUACCAAUAUUCCCCAAAAAAGGAGUUCAGCAUCAGUUCUGUUAGAGUCUCACAUGGUGGUCAAUACGCCUGCAGAGGGAGGAGGACAAGUGACUCUCAGAUGUCAGAGAAGAGUGAUUCUGUUACACUCUCUGUAUCAGAAAAACCUAAACCUGAACUCACAUCAGACCUUAAAGGAGCAGCGUUUACAGGAAACACAGUGACUCUGUCCUGUACACUGACACCACAGUCUGCUGGAUGGAAGUUUUACUGGAUCAAACCCACACAGAGCUCUGAGACUGAGACAGGAACACACCAGUACAUCAUCAGUUCAGUUAGUGUCUCUGAUGGAGGUCAGUACAGGUGCAGAGCUGGAAGAGGAAACCCAGUCUACUACACAGACUACAGUGAUGAACUCUGGGUAAAUGUUACUGGUGAAUCUUCUCCAGUGUCUCUGAUCAUCAGACCGAGCAGAACUCAACACUUUAAUGCUGACUCUCUCUCACUGAGCUGUGAGGACCAGCGUGACUCUACUGGAUGGACAGUGAGACGAUACACACAAAGUGAGACAUCGUCCGAUUGCUCAUCAGUUUCAGGAUCUACAUGUAACAUCAGCUCCCUCUCUACAUCACACACUGGAGUUUACUGGUGUCAGUCUGAAUCUGGAGAACGCAGUAAUUCUGUUAACAUCACAGUGCACAAUGGUGAUGUGAUCCUGGACAGUCCUGUCCAGCCUGUGACUGAGGGACAACCUCUGAUUUUACGCUGUUUAAAUCGCUCAAAGCUCUCAGAGUCUCGUGUUUAUUUUUAUAAAAAUAAUUCCAUCCUCCAGAACCAGACUACAGGAGAGAUGAUCAUCAGUAGUGUCUCAAUGUCAGAUGAAGGUUUCUAUCACUGUAAACACCAAGAGAGAGGAGAGUCACCGAAAAGCUGGGUUUCAGUCAAAGUUUCAGCUCCUGGAUUAACUGGUUUAUUUAUAGGACUAAGUUUGGCCUGUCUGUUUGUCAUCGUAAUGAUCUUACUGAUCCUGUUCUUGCUCUUCAAGAAGAAAAAAGGUGUACAGUCUCCAUCUCCUGCAGUGAAUCAGGACACAAAUCAGCCUGCAGUUGGUGACAAUGUAUAUGCAAAUACUGCUAUCAUGACCACAGAUGAUUCUGCAGCUGCCUCCAGCAAUACAGUCUACCCACAGGUUAUGGCUAGAAAAAAGAAACAAAAUAAUGAUGCAGCCAGGGGGCCACAGGAUGUGUUAUAUUCCCAAAUUGAAAUGAAACUGUGCAAUAAAGAGUCUGAUGCUAAACCAAGUGAUGUGACUUAUGCUGAAAUUGACACGAAACAAAUAAAGAAACCAAAGAGAAAACAAGGAAAGAGCAGUGAGGGAGCUGACACUGUGUACUCAGAACUGAAGCAGAACACAGAUAAAGAGGAUUUACCUGAAACUGGUGACGUGACUUAUGCCCAGGUCAUAAAGAAGGGCAAAAAAGGAUAAUGAAAGGUAAAAGGUGAAAUGAAAGGUCCAUGAGGAAAACUGUCAAACCAGGAAUUGUUGAAACAUUCAAA